UCGACACUCUCUUUGCAGGCUCUUAGCUCACACACACACAUACAGCUCACACACAGUGGUGCAACCAGAAGCUACACACGCAGUAAGCUAGGCACUCUCUCUGUCUGUCUCUCUCUUUCUCUUUUCUCCUUUUGAGAAUGGUCCACUCGGUGCCUUAGGCUCUGCUGUCACAGCCUACCGCCCAUAUCUGAUCACAUGCAAAACACAUUGAAGAGGGCUCAAUAUUAAUCAUGAUGUGAGAGGGGUGUGAGGGAUUUAUGCAGCUGGCGAGAGUCUAAUAGAGGAGUGAGGACAACCGAGUGAGAUGGAGAGGUGGUGGGUACUGAGUAUUGUGCCCUCUCUUGCGUCUGCCGCUGCUUGGACCUGCUUGUAGUACCAGCCUUAGCUUCCUGCCUGCUUGCCGCCCACAUCGGUGAAAGGACAGCCCUCACAACCGUCUUUGUAAACCCAGACAACCUCUACCUUUGCUCAUUCAAAAAACAGACCACUGAAGUGUGCACUAUUGAAUCAAAUGUGAGGAUUUUGCUUUUGGAUCCAAUAAGCAACAGUUUUUGUUCGUUUUGCCUUGUUCUGGUGUGCAUCCCUAAGGAAAGAGGAGCUAAACUAUCUAAAGCAAGAGGGAAGCAUUCUUAGAAGGACAAACGGAAAGUCAGCUUUUGACCUGACAAAAAACACACACAAACACAAGCAGAUUCAAGACACUUUUUUUAAGGAAUUGUAGAUUGUUUGCCGCUUAAGCGUGCUGGCCUUGCUGUUGACAUGUCAAUGAAUAUGGCUCACAUGCGGGACACAAAAUGGCUGACGUUGGAGGUGUGUCGAGAGUUUCAGCGCGGCACGUGCUCUCGCUCCGAUGCCGAGUGCAAGUUUGCGCAUCCCGCCAAGAGCUGCCAGGUGGAGAAUGGCCGAGUUAUUGCGUGCUUUGACUCACUGAAGGGUCGCUGUUCCAGAGAGAACUGUAAGUACCUGCACCCUCCUCCUCACCUGAAGACACAGCUGGAGAUAAAUGGGCGUAACAAUCUGAUCCAGCAGAAGAACAUGGCAAUGCUCGCCCAGCAGAUGCAGCUAGCCAAUGCCAUCAUGCCAGGAAGUCAGCUUCAGCCAAUGCCUAUGUUUUCGGUCACGCCAAGCCUUGCAACCAACGCCAGUGCAGCUGCUGCAGCAGCCGCUGCGGCCGCGUUUAAUCCGUACCUGGGCCCGGUGUCACCUGGGCUAAUGCCUACAGAGAUGUUGCCCAGUGGGCCUAUGCUAAUGGCGGGCAGCCCUGGGAUGGCAUCUGUACCCUCUGCUGCCAACGCUGCAGCUGCUGCUGCCUCAGCUGCGGCCGCCCAGAAACUCCUCAGAACAGACCGUCUGGAGGUGUGUCGGGAAUACCAGCGUGGUAACUGCUCCCGUGGAGAGACGGACUGCAGGUUUGCCCACCCUUCUGACAGCACAAUGAUUGAUCCCAAUGAUAACACAGUGACUGUGUGUAUGGAUUACAUAAAGGGCCGCUGCUCUCGAGACAAGUGCAAAUACUUCCACCCCCCUGCACACCUGCAGGCCAAGAUCAAAGCGGCCCAACACCAGGUCAAUCAGGCCACAGCCGCUGCUGCCAUGACUCAGUCGGCUGUCAAAUCACUGAAGCGACCCCUCGAAGCCACCUUUGACCUGGGAAUUCCUCACAGUGUCAUGCCUCCAUUACCAAAGCGACCCACACUUGAGAAAGCCAACGGUGCCACAAACAUGUUCAGUACUGGCAUGCUCCAGUACCAACAGGCUCUGGCCAACAUGCAGUUUCAGCAGCAAGCUGCCUUUAUUCCAUCAGGCUCAAUAUUGUGCAUGACCCCUGCAGCGAGCAUGGUUCCCAUGAUGCACGGCGCUUCCCCGGCCGUUGUGUCCGCAGCAACCACAUCUGCCACAAGUGUUCCCUACACAUCUGCAUCAGCCAAUCAGGAUUUCAUGCAGGUUUGGAACGAUAUGAGGGACUCUUCUCUAUCAAAGCUGACUACCAACGAAUACAUGCAAUUGAUUCCAAUCAUAUCUGCAGAGCAUCUGACUAGUCACAAGUACUUGACACAGAUGUAGUUCCAGUCCACAACAAUCAAAGGAAUGUGCUGUUGUCUCGGACAAAAGUAAAACAAAUUCAAAAUUUCAAAGUCGGAUAGGAUACACUAUGAAGAUUACAAUAUGGUCACACAUAAUGGAAGGGUUUUACAACAUAGGUUAAAACUAAGUGUCCAUUCUAUCUAAAAAAGUUGUCGUCUUGUCUGACCUAACAGAGUUUUGGCAUGUUAGUAGACCAAGAGAUAUUUUCUGUGAUUUUACCUUUUUUUUUCUUCUUUUCUAAGUUCUUUUUAUAGUUUACAAAGUUUUAAAGGUGCACCUUAAAUUGAAAAAAGAAUUGAAAGUGUAUACAGCACAAAACAUCCAGUUAAAUAAUUCAAUGUAUGUAGUUUUCUGUAUCUUUAGUUCUGGCUUCUAGUCAAACUAGAUUGUAAACGCAUAGUCAGGAUUGGACAGAUGAAUGUUUUGGGUAGAACCUGCUCACCUGAGACCUUUCAAAAGCACAUUCUUGCAAGCUUUAUGUACCAUAACCACGGGCUGAAUACCAGACACCGAUCCAGAGUGUUAUAUCAACAGUGUUAUUAUGUUUACCAGAGAUUCAUGUUUUUACAGCACUUGUUUUUAUACAUAAUUUUUACAAGUGUGUGGUUUUUUUUUUUUUUUUUAUGAAACAUGCCAUUUUUAUUUGUUAAUCAUUCAUUAGGCCUUCUAGAACUCCUUAUGAAGCCUUUAUGACUCCUAUGAGUACAGGGUUGCCUUGUUCGUAAUGUUUCGCCCUGUUUCUUUAUAUUGCCUUGAUUGAGAGAAUGUCACAGUAACAUUGAGAAGGUAAUCGAUAGUCACUGCAUGUCUUUGUGAGGUUGUUGUCAAGGUAACAAGAGCAUAGACUCGGCAUUCAUGCUUUGAAAAUGCGACUGCGUUCCAGUCUUCACGAUUACGGUGUGUGGACUCUAAAAUACAUGCUGGAAAAGCACUGAGAUUUGUUGAGUACAUAGUUACAGAUUGUGAGUUUAAGACAAGUAGUAGAGGUACAUGAAAAGAUUGGGUCAGGGUUUUAUUCUUUCAGUUCUCAUUUUUGUUGAUUUGAAUUAGUUUGAAUUGUAAUCUUAAACAUUUUUUUAGCCGCUGUACAACAGAAAAGAGGAACGGAGAAUAUAAUGAGAUGUUUUACCAUUAAGUUGUGCCAAAUAAUUUUAUCCUCUCAUUGUUUUAAUUUAAAUGUGUUUUAAUGGGUAUGUUGAUUAUGAAAGAUGAAUAAUUUGUAUAGCUUCAUUUUACAUACGAGGCUGCUUGUAUACGCUGGCCAAAGUCAGAUAUAUAGUAAACCAGGAAAAAGAUGUCCACAUCAAGGACAUCAAGGAAGUGACUUACAAGGGUUUAGCUCCAACCAUGAACUAAUGAACCAGUUUUAGGUUCACUUGAGUCUGGAUUUCAGCUUGGUUUAAGUGCUCAGAUAUAAAAGGAUGCACGUCAUUGCCAUCUCCUCACUAAAGCCUUAUAUUUCAGUGUUUAAAGCCACAAAAAAAUACAUUUUUUUCAAUCACAAAUGGGGAAAAUAUAGCUGAUAUUAUAGCUAAAUAUAUAGCUUAUUAUUUGUCUUUAUUAAUCAUGUUACACUUAACGUUCACUCUUGGUUUUGAAGACUUCUUUUGAAAUAUAUUGUGUUAUUGUAAUGUGUGUGUGUGUGUGUGUGUGUGUAUAUACACACACACACACACAUUUGUUUUGUUUUUUCUGUUUUUUUAUUUUACAAUUCUGUUAAUAGAACUGUUUUAGAAUUUAGGAAAUAUUUUUCUUACUUUAACUUUCUUUUACAUCAUGUUAAGUUCAUGUUUAGCCUGUAGUGUUGUAUACUUAAUUUGUCAUGUUAGAUUUCAUGGUAGAAUGUUUGAAAUUUCAGCUCUUUCAAGGAUUUUGGUUUUGAAUUUGUUGAACAAAUUGUUUUGUUUUCUCUUGUCUUAAAAAAAAAAAAAGUGAAAAAGAAAGAAAAAAAAAUUCAUUUGUAGGCUACGUCAGAACUACGAACUACUAUUGAUAUUUGAACCCAUUAUUUUGUGUCAAAUCGAGACAAUGUCUACAAUUUUGUUAAAAUAUCAAUUGUACAUGCUAAAAGUUAUUUUCUAAUGUAUUCAUUUCAGAAUCUAAAAUUGUGUAUUAAUAUUUCAAGAAACAUCCUUCAAUGUCAGGCCAAAAAAAGAGCAGCAACGUGUCUCCAGAGAUUUCUGAAUAUUUAAAGAUUAAAAACAAAGAGAGAGGUCACGGGGUCGUGCCUCUAUAGCUGCAAAUGAGAGAGAGAGAGAGCCAUAACUUAAGGGACGAAGGUUGACUUUUUGCACUUCUUGUACAUAGUCAAUAUAAAGAAAAGAAAAGGAACAUGUAUAAUAUUGAGAUCAUAUUUUGAAUAAUAAAAGAUUAUAAAACUAUGAGAAAUUUUCUUAGGAUAAUUUAAGAAUUAGAGUAAUAGUCCAGCUUACAAAUUAUGCUUGCAGAAAUGGCACAGCUGUUGUUAUAAUUUCCGUCCAUCACGUAAAAAAAAAAAGAAAAAGAAAAAAAAAAAGCUUAUCGUUGCCUAUACAAUACCGACUUUGACUGAGAUUCUCAAAAAUUGGCAUUACACUUUGUCUCUUCAUAUAUCCACUGUGGGAAAUCUGGUUUAAAUUACAAAUAGAUAAUACACCGUCAAAAACACAGUAUUUGUCAUUUGAUGGACAUAAAUAUCUGCAUGAAGAAUAAAAGUUAACAAAGAAAAAUUCUCAUAAUAGAUAAGUAGGUAGAUAAGUUAAUUUCUCACAGUGCCGUAACUAUAUUUGCCACAUCAUAGUGUAAAUCAAGUUAAUAUAAAACAGUAAAUAUCUAAGCCUGAAAUAAGGCACAUUCACUGAUAAUCCAUCUGAGUUUAAUUGUUAAAACAAUACAAUUAUACAAGGCCUUCAAACAGACUCUAGAUGCUAGCUAAAAACGUCCAGUUAAAGGGACGGUUAACCCUAAAAUGAAAAUGUUGUCAUGAUUUACUCACUCUUGUGUUGUUCCAAACCCGUAUGACAUAUUUCCAUAAAAUGAAAGUGAAUAGCGACUGAGGCUCUAACAUCUGCAUUUGUGUUCUACAAAGAAUGAAAGUCAUAGGGUAAAUAAAUGACUUUAUUUUCAGUUUUGGGAGAACUAUCUCUUUAACACAACAGAAGAUUUGCUUUGUUACCUGGUAACAGUGCCUUCAGCAGGGAAAGGACACCAACCACAGAGUAUAAAAACAAAUAUGAAUGUACGUGUCAAAUCCUCCGCUGAGGUCGGCAUUUUACUCAUUUGAAGUUUGCUGCACAAGAGCUAUUAAACCAAAGCAUCACUUUCCUUUACUGAACGCAAUGCCUAAAAGCUGGUCAGCUGUCACACAGUGAAACCACAGGUGGUCCUACAGUACCUGCUGAAAGCACCUGCUUUAAUGCUUAACACCCUCCAUGGAAUCUGACACCUGCCCUUUGCUUAUACAGUUGUUGCUGUAAGAUAUUGUGCUGCAUUCUAAAAGACUUGUUUUAUGCACAUUUACUAUUGGUAGAAUUGACUCACUGUUAUGAGUAAAAAAACUUAAUAAAACAACAAUGGAUUUGCUCAA